GACCCGCCCAGCCACUGCGCGGACAUCAACCAGGAAAAAAACAAACAUCUCACGUAGCUACAGCGCAUCAGACCUGAGUCUUGCAGGGACCUCAAUGCUCAGUCGAAGCGGCACUGCAGAUGCGAGGCCAAUCACGAGCUCGCGGUUGAAGAAGGUGUUGAAAAACGAGGCAAAGAACGCCCCCAUUACACCAACGGAUGAGAAGAUUCUGGAGCUGAUGUACAUGAAGGGGGAAGGAGAGAAGAUGGAGGCGAGGGAGAGGCAGCUGCGGGAGAUACAGUGGGAGCGGCAGAAACAGGAGGCUGAGGCGAUACGACUGGCGGGCGAGAUGAGGCGCAGACGUAUGCUGGCUGAGGAGAACCGAAUCCAGAAGUUGAAGAAGUGUGAAGCAGAACUGCAGCAUAAAGCUGAAGAACAGAGGCUGCAGGAGAAGCAGGAGCAGCUUCUCAACGAGACCAGUCGACGAUGGAGGACUCGCUACCUGACCGUACAGAAAACACAAGCGUUGAAAAGUAUCGAAAAAGUCGAAAAGGAGCAGCUCAAGAAGAGAAUUCAAGAAAACAAUGUGAGGGCAUUAGAGGCAGAAGAGGAGGAAAUGAAGGAACUCGUUCGACAAAAACAGGGCCGACAGAUUCUGACGGCCGCUCAAAAAAAAGAGGCUAAACUUCUAGAGGAAUCUAUGCGUGUGAUGAUGAAUAACAGAAGUGAACGACGAAACUUUGAAGACCGGUGGAAUAGUUUAUUGAAAGACACGCAGGAGAGUAUUGACCUCUUGCUGGAAUCUAUGAAUGCCAAAGACCAGAAGCAUAAAUCCAAGUAUGAGCAGUUACAACAGAGGCGUGAGAAUGAAAUCACCUUGAACAGACUGGAUCGAGAGAAGCGCGCCCUACAGGCAAAGCUCUCACAGCAGCAACAUGAGAACGAGAUGGAAGAGUGGAGGGACAACAUCAUGUCCUCACGAGAAAUUGCUGAGCGUCAUGCGACUGAGACCCUGGCGGAGACUAUUGAGAGGAAGGCUCGUAAAGCACACGAGGAGAGAGUCAGGAAAGAGAAGGAGCAACAGAAAAACAUUAAAAAAAUCCACCAGGAAAUCUCACAAUGGAAGAAAAGUCAAGAGUCUCUAAUACAGCUGAAGGACAAAAAAUCAGAUCUUAUACAACAGGAGAAAGAGCUUACUAUUCAGCAGUCAAGGCAUGUCGCGGCAUCAGGACAGAAGCUAAGAGACUCUCUAAGAAACAAGCUGGGAGGUGAAACUUUCGACAAGAUGGCCAUGAAGGCGGAAAUGUACAACAAGUUUGAAAUGGGGAAUACUUUCUUCUCUGCAGAGAAAAACACCUCGCAUGUAAAGCUGCAUUAAUACUAGCUAAAAUAUAAAAUUAGCGUUGUAAAACUCUAGUAAAGAAACGAUGACAUUAUUUGCUCUUCAGAGAAAAAAACAGCUGGGAUGUAAAUUGCAUUAUUUCAAGGGAAAUUCUGAAAUAAGUCAAAUGAAAUUAAAUACAGCUUUUUUUCCUUCAGAGAAAAACAGCUCGCAUGAAAAUUUAUUUUUGCU